AUGUCUGCAACAACUGUUCCCAGUGUUGUGAUACGACAACCAUCGUCCAAAUCGAAGCCAAUAAGCAUGCCAGUGAUAGGGCUGGGCACUGCUGCAGAGCAUAACGAUGUGGAGGUGGUGAAAUCUGCCGUGAUCGAGGCUAUAAAAAUGGGUUACAGACACUUCGACACAGCAGCACAAUACGGGUCAGAGCAGGCGCUGGGAGAAGCCAUCGCCGAAGCACUUCAACUUGGUCUCAUCGCCUCCAGAGACGACCUUUUCAUCACUUCCAAACUCUGGUGCUGCGAUAACCAUCCCCAUCUCCUUCUUCCUGCUCUACAAAACUCACUUCAAUGUCUUAAAUUAGAUUAUUUGGACCUCUAUUUAAUCCAUUGGCCCAUUAGUGCGAAACCUGAAAAGCGGUAUAUGCCUUAUUCUGAAGAGUGCCUUGUUCCAUUUGACUUAAAGGGUGUGUGGGCAGCAAUGGAAGAAGCUCAUAGACUUGGCCUUACAAAAUCAAUUGGAGUGAGCAAUUUCUCUUGCAAGAAGCUAAAAAAUCUAGUCUCUUUCGCUACAAUUCCUCCUUCGGUCAAUCAAGUGGAGAUGAAUAUUGCCAUGCAGCAAAAGAACCUUAGAGAAUACUGCAAGGCAAAGGAUAUAAUCGUAACUGCCUACUCUCCUUUGGGAGCCAAAGGGACCAAAUGGGAUAUUAAUCAAGUUUUGGACAACGAAUUGAUCAAGCAGAUUGCACAAGAUCAUGGCAAAACUGCUGCUCAGGUAUGUCUUAGAUGGUUAUUUGAACAAGGUGUGACUUUAAUACCGAAGAGCUAUAAUAAAGAGAGAUUAAAGCAAAAUAUAGAGAUAUUUGAUUGGUCACUCACAAAAGAUGACCAUGAAAAGAUUAAUCAAGUCAAACAGGACCGAAUGUUCAAGGACGGACCGGCAGGAUUCCCACUUCCUGACCUAUUUGAUGGGGAAACAUAG